AAGAUUAUGCAGGCUGAAUUCGUAACUGUCCCCUACUUGUGUUCCCUUUGAUUUUCUUUAAUACUUUACAUCCAUCACCCCCUGAAGGUUGUAUAUGCGUUUGCAUUCCAUUUGUAUCCGUAUUGCGUAGGUGUCGGAUUAUUUCAGGACUCCUCUCUCUGUUAACUCAGUGUUUCCAUUCUUACACUGAAGGGAUUUGCAUUGAAUUCGAAUAUUCAUAAUUAUCAAGAGGAGCCCGCAUAUGCAUGAAAUUCAAAAAGUGAGUAUACGUAAAAGUGAGCAGCAGUAAAAGUGAGUAUAAGUAGAAGUAUCUAUAAGUUAAGUGAGUAUCUAAAAGUAAAACUGAUUCGGUUGAAGUCAUAGUCAGUAUCAAUAAGUAAAAGGAAGUAGAAGUAAAAGUCGACAUCUCUGGCCUCCAAGAUGCAAAUUGAAAAGAUGGAGCUCCAGGUGUGGAAGCAAUUACUUGCGAUCGAUCAACGGUGUAGUGCAAUUGCUUCUACCCUCGUGGAGAGGAGAACUGCACUACAAUCAGUUGGGGAUGCGUCUCGCGUCCUGGAGGUUGAUGAUCCCUCCGCCACUCCUAUUGGAGUGGUGGGGUGGUACCUCCAAGAGGAGGCGGAUUCGCUUCAGGGGGAGUUGAGUAAACUCCAGAUGGAGCGAAGCCGCCUUCUGAAUCUUCUCGACCGCGUUCGCGUCGGCGAGGUAUGUAAAGUGUUUAGGUUUUUGCUCAGCGCCCAUUUUCGAAGAUCAAAAAAGUUGUCUCACCGCGAAAGAUCAAGCCUUCGCAUUUUUGAAGGUCCUCAAAAUUGA